AUGGCUGGUGCCUGUGCAUCAUGUGGUACUACAGUAGAUAGCGAAGGUGGUGGGUGCUUGGUUCGUUGGUUCGCUGAUCGCUCCACUGACUAAGACACUUCUUGCUCAGCUUCAAAGGAUGUACAGUAUGUACGGACGGACGGACGGGCGGAUGGAUGGAUGGAUGGAGGAAGAUCACGAGGAGCCGGAGCGCCAAUGCCAAAGUGGCUGGAGCACAAUUGAAUCAGUUCUCGACUUCUGUGGAGACUUUAAGGUGUUCAAAGACAGCAUUUGCCUCGUUUUUACUCAGUUUUGACCGGACGAGCGACCUGGGAAGGUCCUCUACCCCGCACUAUGGGGCCCAUGGGCACCAUUUGGGCUUUCGUGUUUCUGUCUAUCAUGACUUCGAUUGUCGGAAGUUCCGCUCUUCCCACCAUCUACCACGUGGGCGAGGAGGGUGAAGCGGAUGCCAUCAUGAUCCCGGUGUCGUCUACUGCGAUCCCAUUAGACGAUUUGCCCGAGUUCUCGGUGGGCAUCGGGUUUGGAUUAAUCGAUGAAAAGGAUAAGAUCAAGAAGCCGGCUAAUCUGAAAGAUAUUCAGCUCAUCACUGCCAAGAAUCGUCAUCGUUUUGUGGCUGCAGCCGGAGUUCAAGAGCUUACCAAAGAAGAGUUUGAUCAAUUUAAUGUGAGCAAGUAAAUGCUCCAUCAAAAAAAACAUAAUCAUGCCGAGUACGACAACUAACACCAAUAAAGUAGUUUUUAUACUGCAUGACCAUUACGAAAAAAGAAGAAUUCCCUGUUUAUUAUGACGAUGUCCCGACUAAAACUAGACUUUAAGAUCGCCAUCGAUUUACUACCCUUUAAAUAAUCUACGUGCCAUUAAUAAACUUCUUUGUACAUAGAGCUACCA